GUGCAAGCAUAUAAAGACACACGCGUGCUUACAAACACACACAAACACAGAAAUUUCCAACAACAGAUGAUGAAAGUUUACCUGGCAGUCGCCGUGCUCCUGUUGGCUCUGAUCGCCUACACGGAUGCUCAGGAUGAGACCAUAGAGGAGAAGUUUAGUCGCUACGGCGAUCGGGUGGCGGAAGCGUUCAGAGACAUGGCGGCCAACACCAAGGAGUCCUUUGACAACUUGAGCAACAGCGAAUUUGCCAACAACGUCAAGAACUGGUUUAAGAAACAGUUUGGCUCCAAUUAGGACCUUGGAGCGUGCAGCCUUCGCCCGAACCUGGUCGUCUUCAGACUUCACUCUGCUGGCUAAACGCUCGCUUUACUCUCAGUGCGGACGUGUUACAUUGAAUCCAUUUCAAUGGCUUUGUUAAAACAUUCAGUGGUACUUUUGGAAAUAUUUCCAAACUGUGUUGAAUAUGUGAAUAAAUGAACAACUGUUCAGAAAACAACAA